AUGCAUCGAUACGAUCUCGCCGGGAAGACUGUCCGACGGAUGCAAGUUGCAGAUGAAGAUGCUUUACCGUGUCAGCUGGCCACAGCUAUGUUUUAUCUGACCAAGGGUGGGGAGCAGCUGCAAGAAGCUUUGCAUAUAUACGAGGAACUUCGCGAAAAGCAUGGGGCGACUCCAGUUAUUCUCAAUGGACAAGCCACCGCUCUAAUCGGCAUGAAUCGAUGGGAAGAAGCAGAAACUGUUCUACACGAAGCGUUGGACUUGGAUGGAAACAACGCUGAUGUGAUUGUAAACCUGAUUAUGGUGACAUAUCAUUUGAACAAACCACCAGAGACCAUCAAUCGACUAAUCUCACAACUCAGAGAUUGCAAUCGGGACCAUCCAUUCCUCAUCGAUCAAACUACCAAGGUGGAAGAAUUCACCCGUUGCGCGCAACAGUAUGCUCCAAGCGUGCCCAAUUAA